AUGUCGAGCGAGGAUGAAGUCCCGACGCCGGCACCGGCGGCGCCCGUGUCGAUGGCAUGGGGGACGUCUCCGUCGUUGUACCUGUCGUACGGCUGGGUCUCGAUGAAGGGGAGACGCCCGGCGCUGACCGACGCUGUGGCGGCCGAGCAAUCGUUCACGGCGCUGUCACCGCCCAUGGGCCUGGAUUACUUCGCUGUAUUCGACGGCCACUUCGGCGCGGCCGUCGCCGAGCACCUGCGCGCGCGGCUCGGCACCGCCAUAGCCGAACGGGUCGAGAGCGAGCUGCUCACCGAGACCCCGCGGUUCGGUGCGUCGCACGACGUGCCAGGGUGGUGGAGGACGGUCCUCCAGGAGGCGUUCCAGGCCGUGGAUGAGGAGAUGGCCAGCGUGGGCGAAGCUGGGGAGGCCGCAGCCGUCGGCGCGACGGCCCUCGUCGCGCUUGUCCUCGACAAGUAUAUCGUGCUCGCGAACUGCGGCGUCUCCAGGGCCGUGCUAUCCCGCGGCAGCGAGGUCAUGCAGCUCACCUCCGAGCACAGGGUAAAGCUUCCUCUUGCUCUUGGCAUUCAUAUGUCCUGUCCAAAGCCCGAUGCAUGUCACUUGUCCCAACAGGUGCAGCUAAACAGGCCAGAUGAGAAGCCCCUGCAGGGCGUGGAGAACGACGGCGGUCGUGUGGACGAGUCCACCUCCAAGGUCGACAACGUUCUGAAGACUACUCGCGCUUUUGGAAGCUCGCUGUACAAGCCGUGCGUGACGUCGGAGCCCGAGGUGACCGUGGUGGAGCGGGAGCCGCAGGACGAGUUCCUGAUCCUAGCCAGCGAUGGGCUCUGGGACGCCGUCGCGCCGGCGUCGGCGUGCGACUUCGUCCGGCAGAGGUUGCUGAAGCCCUCGGUGAUCACCAUGCCGUGGGAGACGCUGCUGGACGAUAGGGGCUCGCCGACCGUGCUCGCCAAGGAGCUGGCCGAGGGCGCGGUGCGCGCCGGCAGCCAGGACAACGUCAGCGUCGCCCUCGUCCUGUUCAUGGACUUCUGGUCGCAGCGUGCGAACAAGUGA